GCCCCCCGCCCCCCGCCCCCCGCCGCCGCAGCGAUUCUCCGAGCCGAGUCCUUGCUUCUGACCAGCCAACGUCUCGCCGCCGGCCGGGGGAGCGUCUUCGGCGGGGUAGCUCCGGCAAUCGUAGCCGGGGGGAUAAAGUGGGCUCCGUAGGGGAGUCCUAGGGGGGGUGACAAGGGGGUUAGAUCGGGCAAGAUGAACCGCUCAAUAUCCUCCGCCGUGACCCCUGCUGAUGCCGCCGCUAACCCUAGGUUUUCUUCUCCUUUGCCCGUAUCUCACCCGACCGUUAUUCGUUUUCUCCUCGUCGAUAUUGAAGUAGUCUAUGCUCAGAGGUUCCUCCAUUAGCUUAGUGUAAAUAUUAGACUUGUUGGGGUUUAGUUUGCUAGAAGGAAUUAGUCUCUGCUUGGUGUUCAUUUCUGCUUGCUACAAUGGCUGCGAUGAACGAAAAGGUGUUGGCUAAAUGUGAACAGAAUAUAGUUAGCCUCAAGAGGAAGCGGGACAGCCCCGCUGCAUAUCAUGCUGAUGCCUGCCACACCUCUCAAUCGCAUCAGCAUCCUACUGGAAACUCUGAUAUCAGGUUGUAUGUUGGUGAAGAUCGCAAGGCGAACAUCGCGUGCCACCUUAGCAGGCAGAUUUUACAGAGCUAUCAGAACUACAUGACCAGUGCAUCACCUAAGCGCAUUCUGCUCCGCCAAAGUGGCAACUGGAAAGAAUUUCCAGAAAAAAUUGUCAAGCUGGCUCAAGUUAAUUUCCGUACAAAGAAGAGCAUCACAGAAGUAGGAUACCAGAACCAGCUAUUUUUGCUGGACUUUGUCCACAUGACAUUCAUCGACUCAAAGUCAGGUCUUCAGAGGCCAAUCGCCUGGAUUGAUGACAAUGGAAGGCGUUACUUCCCAGAAGUUCUUAUUGAAGAUCAGAUAGCAUAUAGGAGGAAAGAUUUUGGCAAUGGAGAUCAUGUCUAUGUUAGAGCUGAGCCUAAUGGGACACCUGAAAUAAAUGACCAGUAUGGAGCAUCCGAGAGUUCCGCAGAAAGCUCAAACUUUGAGUCCAGUACUGAAGAGGUUUCUAGUGCUAAGAGAGUUAGAGCUGAGAAGAAUAUCAUCAGGAAAAUAAAUUGUGACAAUGGGGAAACUGUGGGAGAGAAUGAACCACACACUUCGCUCCCUGCAGUCUUCAGUUGUCAACCACAGCAAGAUAAGCUGGGUGGGCAAUCACGUGCUCAAGGAACUACCUCUGUUGUGCAGAAAAUGUUGCUGCAGGGAAUGGGUACUGCUAUUGGUUCCAAGGAUAUUAUUGGAAUCCACCGAACUCCAUUCUUGAAUAAUUAUAGAGAAGACCGCUAUGAUCUCUUUCAAAAGCAGGCAGAGAUUACUAAAUCUCAGCAUGGUAAUGCAAAUGUGCGUUAUGCUUGGCUUCCUUGCUCGAAAGCUGCUGUGGAUGAAAUGAUGCUGAAUGGCACCUUGCAAGUUAAAAAGCCCACCAGGUGUCCACCCUAUGGAACUGGUGUACUCCUUGCGCCAGCUAACUGCUCCAUUAACUGUGUGAAUUACUCUGAUGUUGAUGAAAAUGGCAUCAUCUAUAUGAUGUUGUGCCGGGUUGUAAUGGGGAACGUAGAAAUAGUUCACCAUGGAUCUAAGCAGCACCAGCCUAGUAACGAGUAUUUUGAUAGCGGUGUAGAUGACCUUAAAAACCCGCAGCAUUACAUUGUAUGGGAUAUGAAUCUGAAUAGUCACAUCUAUUCUGAAUUUGUAGUCACCAUCAAAUUGCCAUCUAAAGCCAAAGAUUCCAUCUUCACCCAAGAAGAUUGUCAUGAUUCAUCUGAUGCUUCACUGGUCUUGAGUCCAAGUUCAGCCGACAGUGUAUCACAGGACAUGAAUCUUGAGGCAUCUCCAGCAUUGGGUGGUCAGUAUGAAGCCCCCAUGUUAGGAGAUUCAAUGGCAAAAGCUCCAAGUACACCUUGGAUGCCUUUUUCCAUGCUAUUUGCAGCUAUUUCGACCAAACUUCCUCGCGAGAAAAUGGACAUGAUCAAUAACUGUUACGAAGAAUUCAAGGCGAAGAAAAUAAGCAGAAUCGACCUAGUGAAGAGGUUGCGGCUCAUAGUCGGUGACAGAAUGCUGGUAUCCACAAUAAUUCGGCUCCAAGAUAAGUUGCCUCCGAUGGCGAAGCGGGAAGCAGCAAAUGUGCCAGCAGCCAAGGCACGAUGUCAGUGACCAUGGUGGAUUGGAGGAAGGAACUGGUCGACUUGUUAUCAUGAGUUGGAAGGAAUGUAGUCUCCUGAGUUUAUUUGCGUGUGUCUAUGAAUCUGCCGCUCUGUCUGUCUGUUUUAGUAGUUGCAAAGAGGGAACUGUCCGAGUAUACUUGUGAACCCAAGAUGGUUACAAGGGAGAAGCUCCUUGUUUACCCUCCUAGUUUGGUUUUUGUCCAAUCAACAUUGAGUUUAGUUAAAUAAUUCUCAUUUUAUGUUAAUUUUUCUUAA